GUCUUGGUUGGAUGCCAUUGGAUGGAUUUUACGUCUCGUUUCACUGGUCUUGAGGUUUGGAGAUAAUAUGUAUUGAGGGAGCUUGGAGAUGCAAGACUUGACUCUUGAGAAACUCAUUGGGUUCGUUAUAUAUAUAUCCUUAUAUAGUAUUAUUGUUAUGGUAUACUACCUACUUGUAUGGGUGAUGUACACCAGCCAAUCGCAGAGCUGGAUUUUGCUUCGGGGCCGGAUUUCCUGCCAAGGACCGAUGCGGUGGCCAAUAAGAGACGGCUAUGGAUCGGGCCCGAGGCAGGCUGGUCUGGCAAGCAAUUUCCGACGGGCGGCUCUUACUAUGAUUAUAGAUAACCGUACUUCUAUAUUUGAAUGACUAGUUGGUUGUUGGAGAAAUGAAG